AUCCUCGCUUUGAAAAGAGAGGGGGGCAAGCCCCGUGGGUCAGGGCGCGAAGGCGGGAAUGAGCGCAGCCCAACAGGCCCAGGCCCAGGCCCAGCAGGCCCAGCAGGCGGGCGCCUUGGGCGCCACGGCGGUACAGCUGCUGCUGCUGGCGGGGCCUCGACUCCCGAGGAACCGCGGCGCCGCGAGCGACCGCCCUGCAGCAGGCGUCGCCGCGUUCGCGGGCGGCGGCACUGACUCCCGCACCCGCAUUCGCAUUCGCCUUCGCACCCGCAGCAGCAACGGCGGUCGAGGCCAGCCAGCGGCUGCUGUUGCGGCCGUUGAUGUUGACGACCCCUCGGCAGUGGCCGGCGUGUUUGCAUGGGCGGACCAGUGCUGGGCAGCCUUCUCGCGGUCGGUGCCUCCGGGCACCCCUGCAGGCACUUGCACCUCCGCUGACGUGGCUCAGCGCCUCUGGGAUGGGCGGGAGGGCCGCCGGCAGGACGGACCCGGGGGCGGCCAGGCUGGAGGCAUAGGCGGUAAAUGCGGCAGCGGCGAUGGAGGCAGUGGGGGUGGCGGGCGUGGCGGGGUUCAGGCAGCGACCGGCGGGGCUGCGGGCAGCACUGGUGGAGCUGGCGGGGUGGGGGCGGCCAUUGGGACACCGCGCGGCAACAGCUGCUGCUGCUGCAGCCACACAACCGAGUGUGCAGGCACAGGAGCAGGCGCAGGCGCACCUGAUGCCGCUGGCGUGUGCGGCCAGUGCGGCGGCCGGCGUGGGCACCUGGCACCCUUCAACAUCACGCUCGCGGCGCUGCUGCCCGGCCGCUGCAGGCCCUCCAGCUGGGUGCUGGGGCAGAUCUGGCAGCUGCAGCAGCAACAGCAGCAACAGCCGGUGCCGGCGCGGCAGGCCCCGCAGCCGCGGCCACCUCGCCCCCCUCCUGCCGCUGCUGCUGCCCCAGCUGCUGCACCUGCGCAGCGGCUGCAGCCCCGGCGUCAAUCAUCAGCUGGGCGUAGCGCGUCCCGUCCAGCGGAGGAAGCGCCAGCAGCGCCAGCGGCGGCGGUGAUGGCUGCCCGGGGGGCGUCCGUCCGCUUGAGUGGAGCUGCACCACAGGGCCUACAGCCUGCUACUGCCACUGUCACGGCCGCUGCCAUUGCCACGUGGCCGUGCACGGCCACGGCCACGGCCACGGCCACGGCCACGGCCACGGCCACGGCCACGGCCACGGCCACGGCCACGGCCACGGCUACGCCACUAACAGGCGUUGGCUAUGUCCCGUUGACUGAGGUACAUCGGCAGAUGUUGGUUCAGCACCAACAAACACACCAACCGCGACUGCCGCCGCUGCUGCAACUUCAGCCUGUGGCAGCGCACGCCACUGCUGCGGGCGGUGGCGGCGGCGCCGGUCUGUUGACGGCGGUGGUACCGUUGGCCGUACACGCCAUGUACGGCCACAACCUACACUACCAGACAUGUCUGACCGGGCUUCAUGACCGGUACCAUACCAUUGUUGCUGCCGCUGACGCCGCCGCCGCAGACGCCGUAGAAGCCACGGAGGCAGCUGCAGCUGGCGCUGCCGCGGUUGAGUGGCGGGGCCGGCAGGGUGGGCUGCCGGCAUCGCUGCUACCGGUGCUGACGCGCAUGCUGCAUGCUCACCUGCACCACUACCAGACGACCAGGAGGAGCCUGGCGGACCUGUACGCAAGCAUGGUGCGCGCCGCCCACUCGCACUGCGGCACUCCAACAGGCCCCAUUGACGCCGGCAGUGGCGGUGCCCAACGCCAGCACCAACACCACCAGCACCACCAGCACCACCAGCACCACCAGCACCAGCAGCCCACCACGCAGGAGUGCGCAGCGGCUGCGAUUACAUCAACGCGGGAGGUGCUCGACGCCGGCUACUGCUCGGUGCGUGCCGAUCAUAGCCGCCACUUCCUUGUGGAGCUGCAGUCGCUGCGAGGGGUGCUGCACCCGGCACUGCGCGCCGUGCUGGAGCAGGGCAGUGGCGGUGGUGGUGGCGGCGGUGAUGGUGAAGGUAAAGGUGGUGGUGAUGGUGAUGGUGAAGGUGGUGGUGGUGGUGGUGGUGGUGGUGGUGGUGGUGGUGGUGGUGGUGGUGGUGGUGGUGGUGGUGGUGGUGGUGGUGGUGGUGGUGGUGAAGGUGAAGGUGGCGUUGAAAAGUGCCAGCGCCAGGGCCAGGACCGGAGGCAGGGCAUGAAUACUGAAAGCGAGCAGCAGCCGCUGCAGCAGCAGGAGCCGCCGCAGCCGCAAGAGCAGGAGCAGCAAGCGGCUAAGGUCGCGGCGGCGGGCGCACAGGCCGGGCUUGUGCUCCGGGAGGUGGUGGACGAGCUGAAGCGUGAGCUGGCGCGGCACGAGGCGCACUUGGACUCACAGCGCACCUUGAUGAUGGCGGCACUGGCGGCGGCAGCAGACGGCUGUGGCAGUGGCGCCGGUUGCAUUUAGUUUCUUAGAGCAUCGUCAACAACAGUGGUGGCGGCUGCGGCAGUGGCGGCGGCUGGGGUCAGCGUGGGUGUGGAUGUGGGGCACGGCACUGGUGACGGGGAUGUCCGCGGGGUGCCAGGUGGUUGAGGGCUGCAGGAGGCGGCAUCCAGACCCACCUCGGGCGUGUGUGGGCUCAGCAGCAGCCGAGUCGGCUUGUGUGUCUCGCCGAGACGAGUCUCGCUUCAGACAUUAGCCCCCGGGAGGAAUGUCUAGGAAACGGCCAAAAUGGCCGAUUAAUGUCUGAAGAUAGGAGCCCUGUGCUGGGGUGGGGCUGGGGGCUGGGGGCGGGAGCUGCACGUUAUUACUGUGGGGAUAUCGGGAACGCGUGCUGCUGGGUGCUCGGCGUGCGUGUGGAUAGAUGUGUGCUCUGCGUUGAGCGUGCGACCACAGAAACCCUUGCGGUGGUGCCGGCGCUGGGUGUGUGGUGGGACAGGGUGGUAGGUCCCCGCGUUGCGGGUUCAGCAGCGUGCUGCGCCAGUCGGCGGUGUGCACGGCGGCGGUAAGUAACACGAAACUGAAUGCGCGCGGUGUCGUAGAGCCACUGCGGCAAGGCGGAGGCGCACAGCCGCAGAGGCGGCAGAGUUGGCCAGCUGGGCAGUCAUGAAACAUCAACCAAAACG